AGCUAGUUAUUCUGUUUUUACAAAAUCGCAUUGUUCAAACCUUUUACGGGAUGAGAGCACUUCGGGAUCGAAUCCAGUCAAACGUGGUUGAAAGAAAUCCGAACGUAAGAAAAAUAUUCCAAACAAAGGUUAAGCAAACGCCUUCGAAUGAUAACGCGGAAAAGCUAAAGGUGAUGGCAGAUUAUAUUGAGCAAGAUGGUUGUGAGAAAGCUAACGAAAUCGACAUCAGCGCCGACGAAGAAUGUCGCAUCAUCAUCUCUCACCGAUCCACUUCCGUUGAUGAGCACCUAGAAAAAAAAAUUAAACAGACUCUCAAAGAAGACGUCUUGGAGGAAUCAAAAACGAGGCUUCAGUGGCGGCUGCACUUUCUUUGUGGAAAACAAGCGGUUGUCGACCAUCUCCUAAGCAAAGUGAAGAAGCGUUACGAAAACAUUAUGAAAAAUGAACAAUAUCGGAAAAGUAUUCUGGCUAAACUAAUGCUCCAAGCCGCUCUCAAAAUCCUGGAGCCUACAGUUUUCCUGCGGGUUCAGGAAGAGGACUUCGGUUUGGCGCAGCAACUCAUCCCGUGUGUGCAGGAAAACUACUCGAAAGUAACAGGACUAUCGAUGACUAUUAUCCUGGAUAAGCUCUAUCCUCUCCCAACUGAGACAGGGGGUGGGGUCCAGCUGCGGACCCCUGACAACCGGAUCUUCGUCAACAACCUGGUCACCAGGAGGAUCGAGUUGUGCAUCGCGUCUGUCCAUCCGCUCAUCAGGACUGUCCUCUUCGAUGACGUCAUACACCCGCUCAUGUCCGAGGGUCAAAUCAUACUUGAUCAUGACCGACUUUCUGAGUUUUCCGAAUGUUCGCUAUGAAUGGCACAUGCAUGCUCUCACACCUGUGGGCCGAUUAUUGAAAUUUAUAGACACAGCUAUAGACAAAGACGACAUAAGGAGUAUAGAACGAUCCUAUUGGUUGAAAUGGGUGGUUCUAAUAGA